CAAUCAAUCAAUCAAUCUGAUCAAUCACGCGGCUGGCGGGAAAACGAACACAUAAUGAACAAACUACUCCCCAGUCCUCUUGUCUUUUCAGAUCUUCGACUUGCAGGGUUUCCGAUCUCCACACUAGAUAAUGUAGCGCACAGCGCGUCAGUUCGCAGCCGGGUUGGCUAUGAAACGCAUAGUGAUGGUUUUUCUUCGUUGAGAAUGACAGAUCAACUCUCUUUAAAAGCGCUACAAGUUGUCUUGGUUGGAGAGCACCUAAGAAACCGACUGCGUGCUGAACAAGAUCCUGCCAUGAUCCGCGACCGGCGCUAUCACCUCCGUAUGUACUCUUGCUGUUUUGUGGGCCGUGACCUUGUGGACUGGUUGAUUAAGAAUGGCGACGCCAACAGCCGUGGAGGAGCAAUUCAGUGCAUGAAUAUUCUUUUGGAGAACAGCAUAUUCCAUCACGUCUGUGAUGAUCAUCAGUUUAAAGAUGAGAUGCUGUUUUACAGGUUCCGCAGAGAUGAUGAUACAGUUGUGUCUAAUCCUGACCUUGCCAUAAUAUAUAGGGGUUGUGAUAUCUACUACAGGGCAAAGAAUGAGGAUUGUCAGCUGAUUAAGUCACGUCCUUGUCAUGACUUUGUGUACAGGAACUGUUUUACAGGCCGUGAGCUGGUAGACUGGCUAAUACAAAAUGGUGAAGUUUCUGACAGAGGGCAGGGGGUGAUACUUGGAAGAGAACUUCUAGACCAGGGAAUCAUUAAGCAUGUUACAGAUGAGUUUCACUUCAGAGAUGAAAAUGUCUUUUAUCAAUUUAUGAUUGACAAGGAAGUAAAUAAAAAGAUGAUCGAUGCACUGGGGAUUGUUGAUGACAAGCUUCCAGGCUCCCCAAGGAGUUUGAGACGAAGGAAUAUCCCUGCGCCUCUGAACACACAAAAAUCCAGUCCAGUCCCUUUUGCAAAAGAAAGGCCUCAGUUGGAAGAGCCAUUUGAUUACCAAAGAUCGCCUGAUAGUCCAGAUUUCUUCCCAUCAAGUGGCAGCCCAAACAACCAGUCACCCAGACCAGUUAUUUUAAGAGAAAUCACUACAGCAGAACUGUUGGAUCCAGAUGGACCUUAUAUCACAAAGAAUGUCAUUGUAAAGAGUGAUGCAGUAGGCUUUGGUUUUGUUGUUCGGGGCUCCAGUCCUGUCUACGUACAAACAAUAGAUCCUAAAGGACCAGCAGCUGCUGCUGGUUUAAAGGUACGGAUGUUUCUAAAGAGUGUGAAUGGUAAAGAUGUGCUCUAUUGGAACCACAGACAGGUCUCUCAGGAGAUUUUGAGGGGGCAGAAUAUUGUGCACCUGGUAGUUAUGACUCACUUCAAGGGUGCCGCUCAGUAGCUCUUCUCUCUUUUGUUGGAAAAAAUUGUAGGGAAAUCACCACUCACACUAACUUAGUGCUUCCUUAUUUGAACUGCUCAAAUUAAACAACAAAGUAAAAUUAAUGAGUUUCAUCUUACCAAGAAUUUUGUAAAAAUGAUGACUAUAUUGUAUGUCUGUAUAAACAGAAUAGAUGAUUAAAUUCAUUUAUGAUAGACGAAUGAGAUGUUUUUUGAAGAAGGAAAGAGAUCCUUUAUUUUAUUUGGAAAGCAAUUUUUAGAGACUUGAUAUCAAAGUAUUUAUGUAUGAAUGAACAUAUAUUAUCAAUAAAUCAUAACAAUCCAG